GAUGGUGGUAGCGUUCAAUUCCUUGUGGUCUGCUCCAUUUCUCGAAACCGCCAUAACUGACCUCCACCUCCUCUCCCUCUUUUUAUACCCAAAAAACCAAAUACCAAAUUCAUCUUCUCCCAUGGCUUCCUCGAUAUCCUGCUACUCUGUUUUCAUUUUCAUGGCGCUCAUGCUCCUCGCCUCUGCGCAAUCCGGUCCCUGCGACGACAUCUACCUCGUCAGAGAAGGCGAGUCGCUGCACUCUAUCAGCGCCAAGUGCGACGAUCCUUUCAUAGUCGACUACAAUCCGCAGAUUCAGGAUUCCGAUGAUGUCUUUCCUGGACUACUCAUCAAAAUUACGCCAUCGCUUAACUCCAGGAAGCUCUUCUUCAGGAAGCCGAACAGCUACAAUCUUCAUUAAGUUUUUAUUCACCAACUACGAUCAUCAAGGUUGGAGCCAAAUCUGACUUGCAUGCCUUCAUGUUUUCAUCCCGUUUUUUGAAUAGUCAAAGAAAGAAACAUUAAAUGUUGAUUAUGAAAAAGGAAGAAAGGGGUAACCACAGACAUUUUCUA